CUCAUUCAGUCUCGGGGCCACAUCACAUUCAUUGUGGUGGUCACCUAACGAUGAUAUCGGCUAUAUUGUAGCCCAGUAAGCUAAAUCGAUUUGUCAUCGCGGCGUUUCUCUAACGAGCCUGUGACGAGGCUAAUGUUGCUGGCGGAGAAGCGGGUCAAUCUAGCGUUUCCCAUCAUGUCGAAGCCGUUCCGUUAUUUUUAGCUAGCACUGCAGGCUAGCGCAGCUAACGGCGGCGAGCGACGCGUGACUAAUUUGUGUGUUGUUUGAACGGUGGUGCAAAUGGAGCAGUGGCAGGACGCGGCCUCUCGGCAGGUCGAGGUUCUCGCGAAGCGUCUGAAUGAAGUGUUGUUUAAAGGUCUGGAGCUGCUGCGCUCCGAGCUCGGCGUGGACUUGGGGCUGAAGCACGAGCUCAUUCCGCCAUGGGCGAUUCUGCUAGCGGCGUGUACCGGGGUGGUGCUGAUGAUCGUUCUGUGGGCCUCGGUCUGCCGAGGUCUUUUCAAGAGACGACCCGCUCCGAGCCCCUUGGACGACGGCGUUGAAGCAAAGCGUGGUGUCAGUAAACCCGUCAAAGUAGAGGAAACGAAGAAAAAGAAGAAGAAAGGCGAUAAGAAAGCCCAGUCUAACGGGAGAGCUGUUGCUGAAGCACAUGAGGAAGCCAUAGUAUCUGAAGAGUCAGUGCCACAUCAUCAGUCGCCUCCACCAGAGGUCAAGGCUGACAAGCUUGCAGAGGUUAAGAAGUCCAAGAAAAAGGCCAAACAGGCAGUAAAGGAGACCAAGACCGUCACUGCAGAUGGUAAAGAACCACAAGAAGGCACAUGGGAGACCAAGGUCAGCAACAAGGAGAAGCGUGAGCAGCGCAAGAAGGACAAAGGUUCAAGCGAUGGAUCAGCCAGUCCUGGUGGAGCAGACACGCCUGUGAACAAUCCUCCAGAGCCACUCAAGGACUCUGCACCCCCUGCACCUGCAAAUCAGAAGAAGAAAAAAGGAGAGUCUGCAAAAGUGAAGCCGGAGAAGGCACCGGAGAAGGCACCGGAGAAGGCACCGAAGGCGGAGAAGGCGGAGAAGGCAGAGAAGGCACCGAAGGCGGAGAAGGCGGAGAAGGCAGAGAAGGCACCGACGGCGGAGAAGGCACAGAAGGCGGAGAAGGCACAGAAGGCGGAGAAGGCACAGAAGGCACAGAAGGUGGAGGCUCCUGCAUCUCUAGUUAACAGCAGAGAGGUGGCAGCAGUGUCUGUUGGUGUGACUGACUCGGCAGUCAAUCUUCCUGCUCAUAGUGUUUCUCCAAAAGCUGGCUCCUGGAAAACCAGUAGAGAGCCAGCGUCCCUGUGGCGAGCAGAGAUCGAUGAGUCGUGGACUGUGAUUGACAGCGCUAUUCCCACAUCAGAGAUCAAUCUGUCUUUCGGUGGACUUGGAGUUGGUACUGCCGAGCCCCACUCGGUGAGCGAACUGCCGUGGCUCAGUCAGCCCAGAGUGGAUGAUGAGUGGUCUGGCCUCAAUUGCGGUUCACAUGACCCCAGCUCUGAUUGGAACGCUCCCUCUGAAGCUUGGGGAAACUUUGAGGAGCCCACUCCUGAGCCUGCUUCUGCUAAGGAGCAGUCACUCCUUGAACCUGUCAAGGACAAAGAUGAGGAUGAAAAUGACCAGGGAGAGAAUGUUGCUAAUGGAGCUAAAGGAAAAAAAAAGAAGAAAAAGAAGAAGAAGGCUGCAGAGGAGACUGGUCAGGGGGAGGAAGCAGAGAAGGAGGCAGCACCCGCAGCCCCAGUGAAGAAACAGCCGACUCCUCAGGGGAAUGCUGCUGCCAUCCAGCCUGUUAAAAAAGCUGCUGCUGAGGCCAGAGUGGAUCGACAAGUGAAGGAGAACAUAUCCUCGAAACCCACCGUCACACAAGUGCCACAGAAGCCCACUGAUGGAGAGCCCAGUGCUAAGCAGAACAGCCUUCCUGCUCCAGCGCAUCAGAAAAAUCCCGAGGAGAACCAAACUCCCAAACCAGCAAAGAAGAAGAAGGCAAGGAAAGAUACAUGAGAUAAAGUCCACUCUGCAGAUCUCUGUAUGCAAAAAGACUUCAUCCUGUUUAUGCAACACCUUUUUGUGACAAGGACUUUGAACUAAGGUCAUCACGGUGAACUUACCUUAAAACCCGUCUGGAAACUGAAAAAUGAAAACAAUUUUUAUACUCGUUGGGCGUCAGUUGGCCGAUCAUUUGAAAACUGAACCUCGAUGCGGUGUGAUCUAAUGUGAUUCGGUGUUGAUGAAUUUUGAGUAUGAAUUUGAUACUGAUCCUGUCUUCUAAUUCUACUGAAUCCAAUAACUGAUUGAAGGAAAUAUAUUGUUGUAAUUAGACAUGUAGAAAGUACUGACCGUGUUUAGAAAAUCAAUGUUGUGGUGGCAAACGACAGGCGUGUACGCUGUGGAGCAUGACAAUGGUCGGCACGUGUCGGGCCACACGGUACUCGGGCCAUAAUAAUGAACUGGCCUUUGCUUUUCACUUUAAUUUUGCUCUUGACAUUUGUGAGCCAUGAUGGUACAGUAAGGACCGAUGGGUGACGAGAGCAGGGAGAUCAAAUUACUUCUUUCAUGUCAACGGUUUUGACUUCAUGGGGGUGUAAAUGUUUGUGACCAGGUGCAGAAAAGGGACUCAUGUCUCCCGUUUAAUUUUGAAUUGUGUGUGACCCCAUAUUUCUUCUCCUCUUUCCACCUGGAUUGUUCCCUAUCUGACCUUGUGCUGCAGUGUGUCAUUAACUGUUGUUUUUACUGUCUGACUGCUCUAUGGCUGGAUCUGUGUGCAAACCUCUGAUUGUAGAUGUACUGUUGCAAUGUCUUCAUCCUCUAAACAAUUCUCCACCUGUGGUUGAUUUGGAAGUUAUCAGAAUCUUUUGUAAUACCUGUUUGUAAGAAAAGAAAAGCUAAAGCCAUGUGUACAAAAACUAAAUAAAGGCCAGUUUUUCUAUAUUUG